CGCGGCUUCUCGCACAUAGAUAGCGCUGUACGCAAGGAUAUAUAAAGGCCGCAGCGCGGGAACUGUGCAGUAUUCAAAGUUUGACAGCGACAGAAGCGAAAACCCAAGCGAAAUAAACAAAACGAUAAAAAUGUCACUCGCACCGUAUUGGUUUCGUCAUCUGAGGAAUCUGGCGACUCGAGAUCCCAUCGCCAGGGCUUUCGAAGAUCCUUUCUCUGUGUUUAUGAGGGACCCGUUCUUCAGAGAUCCAGUGAAAUUCAUCAAAGCAGCUACCGCGCCUAUUGAACAUGUUGAGGGCGUCUACUCUGACCACGAGCUGAAGAUUGACGGGAAGAAAGUGGAAGUGCAUUUGGAUGUUCAGAAUUUCACUCCAGACCAGAUUCAGGUGAAGACUGUGGGCAAUGAGAUUAUGGUGGAAGGCAAGAAGGAGAUUAAGAAAGAAGAUGGUUGGACAAGGAGUCAUUUUGAAAGGAGGUUUUUGUUGCCUGAUGGAUUCCCUCCGGAGCGUGUUGAGUGUCACCUCGACAAGGGAAAGCUAAAGCUCAUUGCGUUCAGGGCGGAGCCUCUGGAGGAGCGGUCUAUCCCCAUCCAGGACAAGUCCAGUGGCACCAGCGAGAAUAAAUCGUAGACACAUACUUAGGUAUAGUCAUAAAAC